AUGAGCGCAGCUAUUGGAAACAUGGCUUUCAUGUUUGGCGCCAUGCAGGUUGCCAAGCGCAUUCCCUUCGACGACAAGCCCGAGUACAUCCUGUACGCCCGUGGCGCCUACGUUGCCGUUCAGCUGCUCUGCCUGGCCAUCUACUACUACUGCUCGUACCGCGUCAAGAAGACCAACGAUCUCACCGUGAUCAAGUACGUCAACGCCAAGAGCCCCAUGUCGCAAGAACCGGGCGAGCUCGUCACCACCACCAACCGCGACUACGACCUCGCCGAGAUCUCCAAGUCGACCCGCGGCAUCCUCAUGGGCUGCGCCAUGGUCGGCUUCAUGCACCUCUACCUCGGCUACACCAACCCGCUCGUGAUCCAGUCCAUCCUGCCGCUCAAGAACGCGCUCGAAUCCAACAUGGCCAAGAUCUGGGUCUGGGGCCAACCCGCCACUGGCGACCUCAAGCGUCCCUUCAAGGCUCCCCCCGGAUUGUUCGGAGCUGCUGGCCAGGCCGGACCCCAGACUGAUAAGGCUGCCAUUAAGGAAGCCGAAAAGGCUGGCUCCGGUAAGAAGGACGAGUAA